UUCGAUCAACUAUAGAAUCCAAAGAUUUCCUUUAUUUAGAUAGACUCAUUUCCGAUAGAAACACGCCGGACAAUCUCAGUAAAGGUGUUGGAAAAGCAUUAUUGGAUUAUUGCAAAUCCCUUACACGAAAAGAAGGAAAGAGGUUUUUAUUUUCUGAUUGUUUUGCCGGACCUCCUUUUGGUCUUCGUGAAUAUUAUCAAUCCCAAGGCUUUCGCAUUAUUGGUCCUUUUGGCGUUCCGAAUAAACACGUAGACGGAACAGAUUGGCCAGGCGUAUUGUUGUGCUGUGAUUUGAUGAAAGAGUGAAGGGGGCUCUCCCUCUUUACAACCAAAAUGACUUCCCACGCAACAGAAAACAUUUACUGGACACCAGAUCUUACAAAGCCAAUCUCUCACUCGUUCACAUACGAUAUAGGAGGACAUGGAUGGGGAAAUGAAGAAUUGCAAACGUACACUGAUUCACCGCAGAAUGCGUACAUCACUGCACAAGGGGAUGCGCUCGUCAUUUGUGCAAAUAUAGAAAAAGACGAUCAAAAACCUAAUGGUGUUUCGUAUACAAGUGCUCGAUUGGUCAGUAAACAAUGCUUGGACCUUGAGCGUGGAUAUGUAGAGGCACACAUUCAAGCUCCUCAAGGUAAGGCGAUUUGGUAUGCGUUUUGGCUAUUACCCAAGAAGCCUUUCACGUGGCCAGGUGAUGGAGAGAUUGAUAUCUGUGAGGGUUGGGAUGGUAAACAUGAGAAUGGAAAUUGUGCUCAUUGGGGUCAUUUUAACGGAGAAGAUUAUAACAAACACAGGGUACGCUAUCACCCAAUUUCAAAAGAUCAACAUACAACCGGUCACACUUAUGGUUUUUGUUGGUCAGAAAGAGGAUUGAUUUGGUUCUUUGACGGAAAGCCUACAAUGCGUGCGAAUGUGCCAAAAGGUAUAAGGCCAUUCUCACAUUUUCAAAUCAUGCUCAAUAUUGCCAUUGGAGGAAAUGUUAUGCAAAAUGCAAAACCUCAAACGCCUUCAACACAUCAAAUGUUUGUACGUGAUUUGAAAAUUUGUCAAAGUCCUCCUAUGGGAUGGUCCUCGUUUGAUAUGGCUUGGAAACAAGCAUGCGAUGGCAAUACCAUGUAAAUUCUAUUCUUUUGAUCUUGGUUGUAAAUGAUAUGGUCCUC